AUAAAGGAAGAUGAAUCCAAACAUUAUGGAAGUGUGUGCCAUCUCUCAAUAUAAGAAUUGUAUUUAGGCAUUCCAUUGAAAUGGGCUCAAAACUAAAUGGGAAUACUAUUUGGGCUGCAAAUUUCACCAUUAGAGGCGUAGGUAAGGAAAUACCGUUUGGGUGAAAUUAUAAGAAUCCUAUAUUCUCAAGAAACUGAGAUCAAAAUAAGAGAGGCUCACAGUGGAACUUUUAAAAAUUCAGAAAGUCCUACUAAGACUGGGAUUUCAUCCUGGUUGAUGAAUUACAACACAAAUUCAUAUAAUGUCGUCCAAUUCCCAUUUCAAUCUGAAUCUCAGAGCACUCUGUAUGGAUGGUCGUUUGAAGGAGGCUCUUCACAUUCUAUUUACUUCGUACAAGUUUGUAAAAUCUUCUACAUAUCUUCAACUAUUGCAGGCCUGUAUUUCCAAGAAAGCCCUUUCAGAGGGUAAGAAAAUCCACUCUCACAUCAACAGCAGAGGUUUUACAUUUGCUGAAAACCCAGUUGUACAGAAUACACUUAUCAACAUGUAUGACAAGUGUGGAAGUUUGGUGGGUGCUCGUAAAGUUUUCGAUGGCAUGACUGAACCGAACGUCUUCUCAUGGAAUAUGAUAGUUACGGCUUACAGAAAACAUGGGUUUCCUCAGGAGGCAUUCACACUGUUUCGCCAAAUGCAGCCAACAGCGGUUAAGCCAGAUGAGUUCACUUUCUCCAUUAUUCUCUCCGUGUGUUCCGAGGUCGCAUCUGUAAAACAUGGCUUGCAAAUCCAUGGGAAGAUACCAAGAUGCGGGUUUCAAUCUAAUGUUAACGUGGUGAAUACCCUGGUGUGCAUGUAUGCAAAAUGGGGUAACAUAGAGAAGGCGCGCGAACUGUUUGAUAAAAUGCCUAACAUAGACACGGUUUCCUGGAAUUCAAUGAUUACAGCAUAUGCACAAAAUGCUGCUCUUGAUGAGGCUCUGCAACUUUUUCAAGAAAUGCCGCAACCUGAUUUGAUUUCAUGGAAUGCAAUUAUUGCUGGAUAUGCACAAAAUGGGCUUGUUGAAAAAGCCCCGGAGAUGCUAAAGCGAAUGCAGUAUUCAAAUGUAAAGCCAAACAGAGAAAUUUAUGUCAGCAUUAUUUCCGGGUGUGCUAAAAUGGGAGCUCUGGAACAGGGUAUGGAGAUCCAUAAACAAAUAGCCAACAACAGAGUUUUGCCUAAUGUUAUGGUUUUGAAUGCCUUGAUUAACAUGUAUGCAAAAUGUGGAAGCAUGCAGGAGGCACGUGAUUUGUUUGAUAAUAUGCUUCAAAGGGAUGUUAUCUCAUGGACGUCAAUCAUUGUUGGAUAUACACAAAAUGGGCUUGUUGGAAACGCCUUAGAAUUAUUUAAGGAGAUGCAACUGGCAAAUAUAAAACCAAACUCAACAACCUUUUCCAGUAUCCUUACGGCCUGUGCCAAAUCAGGAGCUUUGGAAUGGGGUAUGGAAAUCCAUCAAAAAAUAAUCGAAAGUGGCUUUCUGUCAGAUGUUGUAAUUGUGAAUUCGCUAGUAGACUUGUAUACAAAAUGUGGAAGCAUACAGAAGGCAUUUGAACUGUUUGAUAAAAUGCCUAAUGCAGACAUUGUCUCCAGGAAUGCGAUGAUUACAGGAUAUGCACAAAAUGGUUUUCCUGAUGAGGCUUUAAGGAUUUUCGAAGAAAUGCCUCGGAGAAAUGUGAUCUCGUGGACUGCAAUCAUUGCAGGCUGUGCACAAAAUGGGUUUGUUGAAAAAGCCCUGGAUAUUUUUAAGCAGAUGAUGUCAACAGGUGUAAAACCUAAUUCAGCAACUUUUGCCAGCAUUCUCCCAGCAUGUACCACAAUAGGAACUUUGGAAUAUGGUAUGGAAAUCCAUCAAAAAUUAAUUGAAAGCCAGCUAUUAUCAAAUGUUGUAGUUUCAAAUGCCCUGAUAGACAUGUAUGCAAUAUGUGGAAGUGUACAAAUGGCCCACGAACUGUUUGACAAAAUGCUUCAAAGAACUGUGGCCUCAUGGAAUGCAAUCAUUGCUGGUUAUGCUCAAAAUGGGUUUGCUGAAAAAGCGUUGGAAAUUUUUAAGCAAAUGCAAUUGGCAGGUGUAAAGCCAAACUCAGCAACAUUUGCCAGUAUCCUCCCAGCAUGUUUCACAUUGGGAGAUUUGGUAAAUGGUGUGGAAAUCCAUCAGACAAUAAUGGAAAAUGGUUUUUUGUCAGACGUUGUAGUUGUAACUACCCUGAUAGAUAUGUAUGCAAAGUGUGGAAGGAUACAGAAGGCACUUGAAUUAUUCAACAGCAUGCCUCAACGGGAUGCAGCCUCGUGGACUGCAAUCAUUACCGGAUAUGCACAAAGUGGGCUUGUUGAAAAAGCCUUGGAUACUUUUAAGCAAAUGCAAUUGGCUGGUGUAAAGCCAGAUUCAUCAACCUAUGCGAGCAUCGUUCCAGCUUGUGCAAAACUUGGAGUUAUAGAUCAGGGAAUGGAAAUUCAUCAAAAAAUAAUUGAAAAUGAUUGUUUUUGUGAUAUGGUUGUGACGGCACUGAUUGACAUGUAUGCAAAGACUGGCAGUAUAGGAGUAAGGCAUGUAAGCUGUUUGUCAAAAUGUCUCAAUGGGAUGUAGCAGCAUGGAAUGCAAUGAUUGUAGGAUAUGCACAAAAUGGUCUUGUUGAUAAUGCGUUGGAGGCUUUUAAGCAAAUGCAAUCAGUAGGUGUCAAGCCAGACUCAUCAACAUUUGCCAGCAUGCUUCCAGCUUGUUCCAAACUUGAGCUUUGGAAAAAAGGCUACAGAAUUCCAUCAAAUAACAGUUAAAAGCGGAUUUCUAUCAGAUGUUAAAAUUGUUACUGCCCUUAUAGACAUGUAUGCAAGACGUGGUAUCAUACACAAGGCGCACAAAUUGUUUAACAAAUAUCCCAAUAUGAUGUGGCCUCGUGGAAUGCCUUAAUUGGAGGAUAUGCUCAAAAUGGUCCUGUUGAAAAAGCCUUGGAGAUUUUUAGGCAAAUGCAAUCUUCAGAUGUAAAGCCAGAUUCAUCAACCUUUGUGAGCAUACUCCCAUCUUGUGCAAAACUUGGAUCUUUUGACCAGGGUAUGGAGAUAAAUCAAAAAAUAAUUGAAAAUGGGUUUUUGUCUGAUAUGGUUGUAACAGCCCUAAUAGAUAUGUAUGCUAAAUGUGCGAGUAUACAUAAGUCACAUGAAUUGUUUAACAAUAUGCAUCAUCCAGGUGUAGUUUCAUGGAAUGCAAUCAUAGCAGGCUAUGCAAUGCAUGGCUAUAGCAUGGAUGCCCUGAAACUAUCUGAACUAAUGAAGCAAUCUGGUAUCAAUCCCGAUCAUGUAAGCUUCAUUUGUGUUUUGUUUGCUUGCUGUCAUGCGGGUGUAUUGGAUGAUGGCUGUAAAUUUUUUGAUCACAUGAGUGACUUUUAUGGUAUCAAACCCACAGUGGAGCAUUAUGUAUGCAUAGUUGAUCUUCUUGGCCAGGCUGGCCAUCUUGAGGAAACCCUAAACUUCAUUAUCAAAAUGCCAAUAAAACCUGACGUGGUUGUAUGGAUGUGUUUGCUUGGCCCUUGUAGAUCACAUAAGAAUAUAGAGCUAGGAGAAUUUGUGGGAACACUUCUUUUUGAGUUGGAUCCUCAAAAUGCUGCACCUUAUGUUCUUCUUUCAAACAUUAAUGCAGAAGCUGGAAGAUGGAGUGAUGCUCAAAAGCUAAGGAAAUUGAUGAAAGACAGAGGAGUUGUAAAGAAACCUGGAUGUAGUUGGAUUGAAGUCCAUAAAAGGGCACAUGGAUUUUGUGUGGAAGACAGAUCAUACCCACAAACACAGGAGAUGUAUUCGAAGUUGGAGAAAUUGUCUUGGGAGAUGAAGACAGCAGAUUAUAUUCCAGAUAGUCAUAUGGAAUGAUGCACAAGAGGAGGAGUUACUCGUUUCCCACCAUAUUGAGAAGCUGGCAAUUGCAUUUGGGUUGUUAAACCUGCCCUCUGGAACAAGUAUUAGAGUUGUCAAGAACCUUCGAGGGUUUGGUGACUGUCACACUGCAACCAAAUCUAUCUCAAAGAUUGCUUCUAGAGAAAGUGUUGUUAAAGAUGCAUACUGUUUCCAUCAUUUCAAACAUGGAGAGUGUUCUUGCAAAUGUUAUUGGUUACGCCAACUAAAGCAAGCUAUAUAACAAGGGGUUACAAUGAUAGAAGGAAUUAGGAAGUCUGUACAUCUCUGCAGUGAAAAGUUGGAGGAAUUGGCAGAAGAAUGGGAAUUGUGAAAAGAGAGAAUACUUGAUGAAUAUGGAAAUCUUCUCAGCCAUCAGGAAGUUGUAGAGAAAACCGUACAAUCAACCCAACACUUGGAUACAGGGAGUGCAUGUCUUGUUCAUAUCUUUAUUGUUGUUUACUCUUACUUUUUCAGUUAUAUGGACGACUUUUCCAGAUAAUUCUAAAAUCUUGUCUUCAUUUCAGGUCUGCUAUUUGGUCCUAACAAAUUUGUUUUUUAUCCAGGUGAAUUUCAUUUCUAUAUGGUCAUGGAAACCAAGGAGAUUUUACAUUGCACGAACCCAUCUCCUUUCAAGGUGACCAGGUUAAUUGCUAAUGACUAGUUAAAAUCUGUUUGCCCAAAUUCUAUAUUAUAGCAAAUUUCCUUGGCUUGGUCCUGGUAUUUCUACUGUUUGUGUGGCUAAUGAAGAUAUCAAGAAAAUAACGUUAAAGAUGGUAAUUAUGGACAUUGGACACAAUGCUCCCGUGGACACUUUGAACUCACUGAUUAGCUACAAAAAGAAUUAGAAAGCAUGCCUAAAUGGCAUGAUUCAGAAAGGAGGAAGCAUAUAUGGGAAAUAUUUUAUUCUCUUAACUUGCUUUUUGUUUUUAGUUGUUUUUGUGUAGGUGCAAUAGAAGGUUAGACGAGCAACGAGGAAAGCGAAAAUAGAUUUUAGUGGAGGACAAGGAGAGGUGGGUCUAAGCUCGCAAGAAGUCGGGUAAAUAGAAAGAGAAUUAAUUUAUAGAGGGUAAUUGUGGUCCUACAGGAGGCUUGAUGUAGAGGGAAAAAAUAUGUGAAUUUGUAGUACCUAAUAUGGUGGUAGGCUAGGCCAUGGCAGUUGGGAUCUGGAGUUCUUCGAAACAAGAGAUUCAAAAUUUUAAAAUUGGGGAGGAUGAUAUAAUUGCUCUUUUAUGACAUGGACUUCACCAGUCAUUUAUUUCUUUUUGCUUUAAUACUUUUGGGAUUGAAUUCAUAAUUCUUGUUGGUU